AUGUCCGACUAUCACCUACUCAACGCUGAAAAAGAGAAGCGGCGCGAAGAGCGCGAUGCCCGACGUGAGCGUGAUCCAGAAUACGAAAACGUCGCAUUCGACAACAGCAAGACCGAGAACAUACGCCACCGGUUCAGCAAGUACUAUCCGCUCCAGGGCGACUCGAUCGAGCAACACGAAUAUCUCGAACGUGAGCGCGCGUCGGCCUCGAAGCCAUCCGCUCUGGCUGCGCUGAAUGAAAUGGACAGGGCGCAUGUGACUGCCGAAAACCAACAAGCGUGCAUUGACCGGCAAGCCGCAAAAGUCGAGACCAGGGAUUUUGCCUAUGAGAAGGACCAUCCUCUUCACUCGGGAUAUCAGAUUCAUACUUACGCCGAGAAGAAAAGAGAUGCUCAACGUGUCUUUGAGGACUAUUAUGAGUCUGUAAAGAGGACUAAGGAGUGA